AAGAUCCUGUCACAUCCAAGUGAAGGCAGUUCUGCUGUCUGUGAUGUCAUCUCCCCACUUCCUCUUCCUGUUCUCAGACUCUCAGGGUGACACAGCUUUGUCUCCAUGAAGUAUCAAUGAAGCUUUUACUUGUCUUCAAUGUUGAAUGAAUACACUUUAUAAAUGUGGUUACUUUAGUAGAAACUGCUCUCAACCAGAUACAAUAAAUUGUGUGUGUGUGUGUGUGUGUGUGUGUGUGUGUGUGUGUGUGUGUGUGUGUGUGUGUGUGUGUGUGUGUGUGUGUGUGUGUGUGUGUGUGUGUGUGUGUGUGUGUGGCUUGUCUGGCUGCCUGGUCACACAGGAAGGCUGUGCUUCUCUGGCCUCAGCUCUGAGCUCCAACCCCUCCCAUCUGAGGGAGCUGGACCUGAGCUACAAUCACCCAGGAGACUCUGGAGCUGCGCUGCUCUCUGCUGGACUGGAGGUUCGACGCUGGAGACUGGACACUCUCAGUGUGGAGCACGGUGGAGUGUUGAGGCUGAAACCAGCUCUAAAGAAGUAUGCCUGUGACCUCACACUGGACCCCAACACGGCCAACGGAGAACUCUCUCUGUCUGAGGACAACAGGAAGGUGACGUGGGUUGAAGAGGACCAGUCGUAUCCGGAUCACCCAGACAGAUUUGACUCCCGGUCCCAGGUGUUGGGUGGAGAGGCUCUGACUGGCCGCUGUUACUGGGAGGUAGAGAGGGAAGGAUGGGUUAGUAUAGGAGUGACAUACAGAGGAAUCACAAGGAGAGGAGGGGUUGUUGACAGCUGGCUUGGACAGAACAACAAGUCCUGGAGUCUUGUUUGUUAUGAUGGUCGUUACUCUGCCCGGUACAACGGUACAGAUACAGACCUCCCUCUCCGCCCCGCUGGCUCCACCAGAGUAGGAGUGUAUCUGGACCGGCCUGCUGGCUCUCUGUCCUUCUACAGAGUGUCCCCAGGUGGAGGAGGGUCCUCAGACACACUGACACACCUCCACACCUUCUGGUCCUCCUUCACCCAGGAGGACCUCCUCCCGGGGGUGAGGGUAGUGGGGGGGGGGUCAGCCUCUCUGUGUCGGUUGUAGAAAAAAAAAAAGGGAGCUCCUCGUCGGACUGAGCGGGGCCCCUGCGCACACACACACACACACACACACACACACACACACACACACACACACACACACACACACACACACAUACACACACACACACACACACACACACACACACACACACACACACACACACACACACACACACACACACACACACACACACACACAAACACACA